GUAUGGCUAGUGUCAUUUUCCAAUAGAAAACAUGGCUGCCACUGCUGAUUUUUUUUCAUUGGGAAGCGUUGUAUGGUGUAAAACGUGUUACAAUGUGGAAAUCGAGGGCGAAGUGCAAGCAUUCGACCCCCAAACAAAAAUGUUAAUACUUAAAUGCGCUGCCACAAAUGGGGAUCCAAAAUUAAAUGAUGUUAACGUAAUCAACUUGUCGUGGGUUAGUGAAUUAAAAGUUCUAAAAGAAGUGAUACCAUCACAAGAAAUACAACAGUCAUUAAAUUUUGAAAUGCUCAAUAGGAGGCUGCAAAAACAGGUUCUAGAAAAGAGACAUAACCUUCAAGCAAUAUCAGCGAAUGUUUCCGAAGAGGGAAAAGGUUUAUUCUUAGCUAUAGCAAAAGUGAUAGAUAACAUUAGGUGGAGGAAUACAGAAAUCGUCGUAUUUAAUCAAGACGUUAUCAUAAGUCCCCCAUAUCACCUUGAAAACAUUAAAGGGAACACAAAUAGCAAAGAAUACGGUUUUAUUAGAAAAGUGGUUGAAAGAUUUUUCUCAGAUUCUCAAAACGCGAUCUGUCAAAACAAUUCCCAAUAAAAAAAUUAUCAUCAAACCUGUCUUAGUUUUUAUUAUGUAUUAUUUUGUAUUUAUAACCUCAAAACAAAAAAAUAAUUUUGAACUAAUCCAAAGGUUCAAUAAAUAAAUAAUAUUUGCGAAUAU